GACCCCCUCAGUUCCUUCAGCUGGUUUCCAUGAAGCAAAGGAAGAUGUACCUUAAGGAGCUUAGUGCUACCUGUGAGGACGAGACAGCUACUGAGUUGGUAGGGAGGCAAGUUGUCGCUGUCCAGUGUAGUCUUGGGAGUUGGGGCAAAGAGGCUGGUCAGGUUGAACCUUCUGAGCUGUAGUUGGCAUAUAACCAAGGUCUGAAACGUGCCCUGUUCUCUUGUUUUCUCUUUGCCAGGCCUCUGCGCAGCCGCCCCAGUGAGAGUGGACCGCAGCUGCCUCUCGUCUGGUGUGCACGUGCCCACUCCCACCCUUGCGCCCCAGCAGCGCGCUAUGAGCAGAGGGGCCGCUCGAGGCAGAAUUUCAGAUCAGGCUCCCCCCAAAUAUAGCGGCCACUCUAACCCACCUUUCUUUAACGGUCCUCUUGUCCCGCAGGGAGGUGGCCUUGAGGAUUUUCACCAGCAGCAGGUCCUCUUCCUUAGAGGGCAACUUCCCAACGCACCACUGUUUCAGUCCCAGACGCAGAGACCCCAAGCGUACCAGGGUUAUUGCCAAGAUCGGAGAACCUCCUCCCCACCCACUCACCCGAAUUUCUCAUACAGCUGUUGGGGUGCCGCCCAAAGACCUCCCUGUAACAGUAGCUGGUUGGAACAGAAGCAGCCCUCUCAGCCCCGGCCGAGGCAGGGCGGCAGAAAUCCGAGGAGCGGAGUUGAUAGGCUCAUCUCAGACUUCCAGGGGCUGAAUUUAGCCAGCAAAGGUGUUGAGCAAAGGCUCUUGGCGAUCUUGGGGCAACUCAAACCUGGGGAGACGGUCUCGGCUCGCUGGUUCACCCGCAAACUCAACGUUGAAAAGAAGGAGGUCAACCACCAUCUCUACAAGCUUCAUAGACAAGGCAAGUUGUGCAAAGUAGGGGAGCUCCCUCCGCAGUGGAGGUUAGCGGACAAUCCUAAGCCCCAGGAUAUUACGACAGAACAAGGAAGCUCUGCCAGCCAGAGGGACCAGGGCCGACUUCUAGGUUCUGGCAUCAGAGAAGAAGUCAACUCUGCCUCCGAUUCGGAAGACUCCCUCGAUUCCGCCAGCAUGGCCGAGGUCAAGGAGAAGAUCUGCAACUUCUUGUUAAGUGUUGAAGACUCCACGGCACACAACCUUGCCAAAAACAUUGGCUUGUCCAAGGCCAGGGAUGUCAAUGCCACCCUGGUGUCCAUGGAGAAGUUGGGGGACGUCUGCAAAGAGAAUGGCAACCCCCCGAAAUGGUCCCUCACUGACAGCAAGCGCCAGCGGAUGCAGCUCAAGCUCAAAGGCGAAGAGGUCAGAGAAAUGGUCCCUCCUGCUCCAGAUCCAGACCCCGAGCCUCCGACUCCUUAUGUCAAAGCAGAGCUGCCAGAGAGCGAGCUGGAGGGCAUGCCGGCGAGUGUGCCGACUCCUCCUCUUCCUUCGCCGCCACCGCCACAACCAUCACCUCCGUUGCUAGAGGGAGAUGAAGAGAAAGUUGAGAACGGGCAGCAGGCUUCCGAGCCAGCAGAACAAGGUGACAGUUAUUUCUACCGGUCAGGCCCCCCUCGCAAGCGGCCGCGGUACCACUGGUUCUGUUACGACAACUUUGAGAACGGCAAGUGGGCCACGGAUGACAUCCCCGAGGACCUGAAUGCCAUCAGCAACCAGGACGAGUCGCGGUGCAUCAUGGAGUCCCCCCUGUCCCCCAGCUAUGCAGCCCAGUUUGACACAGCCUUCCAGUGCACCCCUUUCGAGAAGCUAAUGGCAUGCCAGAAGAAGAACCCCGUCAGUGGUUUGAUUGAAUACACACAGUACACAUACCAGCAUUGUGAGUUUGUCUUGCUGAAGCAGAGCGGGCCGUCGCACGAGCCACGGUUUAAAUUCCAGGCUGUGAUUGACGGCCGCCGGUUCCCGCCAGCAGAAGCGGGCAGCAAAAAGCUGGCCAAGCAAGAGGCGGCUGCCAACGCCAUGAAGAUCCUGUUGCACAAAACACAGAACGAAGGGGAAGAUGGCAUGGAGGCGGCGAAGUCUCUCUAUGAGGACAGUUCCCUCAGUGAAGCCGAGCCUGAACAAACUGAGCCAGAGCCUUCGUCUGCAACGUCGCAGCCCAACCUGCCAUCCGGAAAGAAUCCGGUCAGCGCCCUGAUGGAAUACGCACAGAAGUCGGGGAGCGUCUGUGAAUUCCAGCUGAUCUCUCAGGAUGGGCCUCCCCAUGAUCCAAAGUUCAAGUACUGCGUGAAGGUGGGCGACCGUGUCUUCCCUGCCGUGGUAUCCAACAGCAAGAAGGGAGCAAAGCAAAUGGCAGCCGAGGCCGCCAUGAAGGGCCUCAGCGGAGAGCCAUGCAACUUCCUAGAAGAGUUGGAGCCCCAAGCUGACCAGCCUUCGGAGGUAUCUAGCGGUCAGGCCGUGAACCUUGACGAGACCAAGGCAACGAGCGCGAAGGGCGUUGGCGAGUUGAUAAAGUACCUGAACUCCAACCCGGUCAGCGGCCUUCUGGAAUACGCCCGGGCCAACGGCUUUGCCGCUGAGUUCAAGAUGAUUGAACAGACCGGGCCGCCCCAUGACCCAAAGUUUGUCUUCCAAGCCAAAGUGGGAGGGCGCUGGUUCCCAGCUGUGACGGCACACAGCAAGAAGCAAGGCAAGCAAGAGGCGGCGGACGCAGCACUGCGGGUCCUGAUCGGAGAGACCGAGAAAGCGGAACACACCGAAGGGAUGGCCGUCACAGAGCUCCCCGUGAGCGGAAGCACCUUGCAUGACCAGAUUGCCAUGCUGAGCCACCAGCGGUUCAACACCCUCACCGCUCGCAUCCAGCACAGCUUGCUUGGGCGCAAGAUCCUGGCCGCCAUCAUCAUGAGAAAAGGGCAGGAGGGCCUGGGUGUCGUGGUGAGCAUUGGAACAGGGAAUCGCUGUGUGAAAGGGGAGGAGCUGAGCCUGAAAGGGGAAACGGUGAACGAUUGUCACGCGGAGAUCAUUUCCAGAAGGGGCUUCAUCAGGUUUCUGUACAAUGAGCUCAUGAAGUUUGACCCCUCUGCCCCAGAAGACAGCAUCUUCGAGCCACUGGAAGAUGGUAAGCUGAAGAUCAAGGACGACAUCACCUUUCACCUGUACAUCAGCACGGCACCUUGCGGGGACGGCGCCCUCUUUGACAAAUCCUGCAGCGACCAGGCCAACACAGCCGGGGAGGGCCAGCACCAGCCGCUCUUUGAGAAUCCCAAGCAGGGGAAGCUGCGCACCAAGGUGGAGAACGGGGAAGGCACCAUUCCGGUGGAGUCGAGCGACAUCGUUCCAACCUGGGACGGGAUCCAGCACGGCGAGCGCCUCCGCACCAUGUCCUGCAGCGACAAGAUCCUGCGCUGGAACGUGCUUGGCCUGCAGGGGGCGCUGCUCUCGCACUUUUUGCAGCCGGUGUAUCUCCGCUCCGUCACGCUUGGCUACUUGUACAGCCAAGGUCACCUGACGCGGGCCAUCUGCUGCCGCAUGUCGAGAGACGGCAGCACAUUCCAGACGGGACUCCCUGAGCCGUAUUUUGUCAAUCACCCAGAGGUCGGCCGAGUCAGCGUGUAUGACUCCGCGAGGCAGACGGGCAAGACGAAGGAGUCCAGUGUCAACUGGUGCCUGCCCGACGACACAGACGUCGAAGUCCUGGAUGGCACAAAGGGCAAAGUAGACGGACCAAAACUGGACGUCUCCCGCGUCUCCAAGACGAACCUGUUUGCACUCUUCCAAUUGCUUUGUGCCAAGAUGGAUCGCCUGGGCUUGCAGAAAUUCACCGUGUACUCCGAGGCCAAGGAGGCCGCGGUCACGUACCAGAGUGCCAAGCGGCAGUUCUUCUGGGCCUUGCAGGAGAUGGGCUACGGUAGCUGGAUCUGCAAACCCCAGGAGGAGAAGACCUUCGGUCUGUCUGAAGUCUAGCAAGCUGUGCAUUUAAUUUUAUUUUAUUACAUUUUUUUUUGAUGGGGGCGGGCGCGUUAAGGGAAGGGAUAUUUUUUUAUUAUUUUAGGUGUUUCCCCCCCUUUUUAAUGGAAGCAGGAAUGUUAACUUAGGGUCAUUGAUUUUUGGAACCCUUCCUUCCUUUGGGUUUAAAUUGACAGCACGUUUUAACUCUGUCGGGAAGGAGGGGCUCUUCCCCACCCCAUUUACUCCCCCCCCCUUUUCAGCCAACAUUUGCAAAGGCGUGCUCCAAGCAUGUGCACUUGAGGGAGAGAGAGCGAGAGAAAGAGAUCCACCAGCAUCCACAUGUGUCUGUGAUUCUUCCUCACACACACACACACACACACACACGCACCAAUCAACAGGCUGCCUUCUGUUCCUCCUCUUGGCUUUUCCAGAAAACCCCAUUAUUUGAAAACGCCUAUUUGAAGCUGUGAAUCUCUGCACUGGUAGCUACGUAUACAUUUCCUUUUCCCCCACACGGGCUCCCCAGGUGUUUCUGGGGAGUGUCCUGGAGAUUUCCUUCCUCGCUCGAGUUGGACGGCACGACCUUCUCUUCAGCUCCAGGCCCUGCCUUGGGAGACGCUGCAGCGUCGCCUGUCCCGUUCUAGGGAGGCGUCAGCCCUCUCCCAGAUCCUUGAAAUGCUGAUCACGUCCGCCUCGGCGCAAAAUGGGGGGGCUCGUUGCCAGCCCUCCCCUGCUCUUGCGGAGACGGCCCAGCCUCCCUGCUGCGGCUGUCCUGCAGGCUAAGAUGGAGCAGUGCGCCCAUGUCCCAGCUGUUUCUGUUUCUACGCCAUUCUCCCAGGUGCGCCCUGGCGACAGCUGUUUCGUCGCUAUUUUUAGCUCGGCUGCCCUGUUCAGCUGGGGUUUCACUGAUCUGAGUGCAGCCCGCACGGCGCUCUGCCUCUCUGCUCCCCUGCAUCCUUUGCAGCGUAGUCUCCGUGGAAAGGUGACGAAAGCCUUGGGCAAGCUUGAGCUCUGGGAGAGCGCGCAUCUCCUUGUCCGACCAGGGUGCGAGAGUCUUCAGUGGAAGGUGUGAGGAGGCUGACAUUGGGCCUCAAAGCGUUUGAGAAUGUGGGGUGACCGCCUCUUGGGGGUCUACUGUAACGCAACACAUUGGCUCUGCCCUUGGGUGGCCGGGGAGCUGGCCCGAAAGGGCUGGGAUCUCAUCCUGCACCCCUUGGAAUGGGCACUGGGAACAACCUCCCAUGUUCCCCUGACACACAGCACUCGUCGUGUGUCGUAAAACUCAUCCUUGCAGGGCCGUAACGCAUGGGAACCCUCCUAUUGGAGAUGGCGUCGCCACCGCUCUGGGACGCUGGGAGCUCCGCUUGGCCCACACACCAGUUGAGGUAAAACCCAUUCCCACCCCACCCCAUUGCAAGGCGCAGGUGGAGAGAAUGUGGGGGCUUGAAUCGCUUUCUCCUCCCUGCACGUAGAAAUCCAACACGCAGGCUCCGUGCACCUGUUCUCUACGUGCGGCCUUUAAAUUUGGGGUGGAUGGGGAGGGAGGUGUAUUUGAUUGCUCAAGUGGGCCCCUUGCAGUCUGUGAUGGCGUAGGCCAGAACUGCCACCUCAGGUGUGGUUUACCUGCACUAAGGGCGCAAUCACAGGCAUGCUUAGACAGGAAAAGGAAGUGCUAGCUGCGAAAUGCUGGGAGUUGUGGGACUUCUUACUGCCUAAGCAUGUAUAGGAUUGCACCCCAAAACUCGGAAGGAAACGGACGCCGCCUGGUCACGGACCCUUUAUUUUUAACCCCCGAUCAGAGCUCUUGGCUGCAGCAGACACUUUGGAGUCAAGAGCGGCGAUUCCUCCACCUGCUUUGUAGAAUCUCUCCCCGGAGCUUCCGCCCAAGUCUGUGUGUUCUCCCCCGCACCCCCUUUUCUUCCGAGGGCCCCCCCGUGUCUUUGGAAAGCGACGCGUAGCUGCUGUGCUUGGGUGUGUGCAGCUUCCCCUCCCAUCCGGAUGUCUGGGCAGUUGCUGCAGCGCUGUAACGGGGGGGACUUCUCUUUAUGCAAACUCCUUUCCCUUCGAAGGCAGCCUCUCCACCCAUCACCCCCCCCCUCCACCUGUCCCUUGUCUCCUACGGUUCGUUUCCCUCUUUAGUUGCGAAGGCUCUAGUGAGCAAAUAAAAAAAACAGAUGUAAAUUUAUUCAUGGCAAAUCCCCCUCCCCUUCCCCAAGCCAUCACUAUUGUAAUUCAGGUUAUUUCUCUCCCCCCCCCCCAUUAUUUUUUGUAAGUCUGCUUUUAAGCGCCCCUCUAGAAACCCUUGUUUGACAACUGAAGUCAUCACAUUCCACCUAAAAUAAAACAUUUUUUUUCUGUA